AGCGGAACAGCUACGGUAGUGGCCUCCAUGGUCCGGAGAUUCCACACAUCAGGAGCGUUGGUUGCAGAGAGAGAAAGAUGAGUGAGGAGAGGAGGAAGGUGUUGGUGGUGGGGGGAACUGGCUACUUGGGCCAGCAUCUGCUUCAAGAGCUCGCCGGAAAGCCGUAUGACGUUGCUUUCACGUACCACAGUGCUACCAAUGCUCCGGCGUCCCUCCUUCAGGCGCUGCUCCCCUCACCACCACGCGCCUUCAGGCUCGACCUCCAAACCGGCGAAGGACUCGACCUCAUUGCCGACGCUUUGGGACCACCCCAUGUAGUUGUCAAUUGUGCGGCGAUUUCUGCUCCACGUGCUUGUGAAAUGGACCCUGCGGUUGCUAUGGCCACUAAUGUUCCUUCCUCCCUUGUGAAGUGGUUGUCAAGCUUCAGUGAUUUCAAGCCUCUUCUGAUUCACUUAUCAACUGAUCAAGUUUAUGAGGGUGUAAAAUCCUUUUACAAAGAAGAGGAUGAUGCAAUACCUGUAAAUGUCUAUGGAAAAUCAAAAUUGGCUGCAGAGUUAUUUAUCUCUUCAAAUUAUUCCAAUUACGCAAUUCUAAGAAGCAGUAUAAUUUAUGGCCAGCAAUCUGUUUCACCCGUUAAGAAGUCUCUUCCUAUCCAGUGGAUUGAUGGUGUCCUCUCUGAAGGCAAAGAGAUCGAGUUUUUCCAGGAUGAAUUUCGCUGCCCAGUAUAUGUCAAGGAUGUUGUUGAUGUCAUCUUAAGAUUGAUUAAGAAAUCAAUCUCAGAUGGUGAAGACAUGCAAUUGCUUUUGAAUGUUGGUGGGCCUGACAGAGUUUCUCGUGUGCAAAUGGCAGAAGCUGUAGCUGCAAUUAAGGGAUAUGAUAUGUCAUUGAUCAAGCCUGUGCCUGCAGCAUCUGUUAAUCGUGGUGUCAUAUCCCCUUCAGACAUUUCCAUGGAUAUAAGUAGGCUGGUUGAGGUACUUGGUAUUGCUCCUGUCUCAUUCAGGGAUGGGGUUAAGCUGACGCUUGAUGUUAAGGACCACAUUUGAUCUUUAAGGGACAGAGGAAGCAAGGUUUGGUGCCUUUUAAUAUACAUCCCAUCUGCAGCAACAAUCUCUUUGUACUUACGUCGCUUCCAGAAACUGAAGGAAGGCGUCUUAAAGAAAUUCAGGCAUCAAUUUGUCAGAGUUCGUUAAUAGAUACUAUUUCAACUGAAUUUGUAACAUAGGAACACCUGAGGGUUAUUUUCAUGUCUAUGUUAGUAACAGAAAUGUUCGUUUCUACAUUAUCAUGGACCCUGCAUAGCAGGCUGAGAACCACCAACUGCAAAGCAGCUACGGUAUCCGACAGCCUUCAUCCCAAUCAGAUGGAUUGUGAACUGAGAGAAAGAGAGUCGUCCUUCUACCAGUCAUGUCUACAAUCCGGAAAUGACGAAAAUGAACACUGGUGACAAAUUAAUGUUCAUUAUUGUGUAUGAUAUGCACCUGGUCUUCCAAGUAAUUCAUGACACACAUUGCCUGGUUC